CGCGCGAUACAACGCACCUCUGACAUGUGACCGUACAGCAUGGAGGACUGCGACCUCAACCAGUACCGCGACAUGAUCAUCGAAGGAGACUUGCCCUUGGACCUCCGGCCGCCGCCGAGGCUCUACAUACCGCACUACCUGCGAGACGAUCGCGAGGAAUAUCAACAAGAUGAUACUUACGUAUCCGUGGACGAAGACACACCGGAACUACCGCCGCCGUCGAGCGACUCAGACAGAUACGACGCCUCGAGCCCCAGCGAGUCCAAGCCGAGCUCCCCCAAGAAAUCCAAACAGAAGUCUUCGUCGCAGCUCAUCAAACCGCCGUACUCAUACAUCGCUCUGAUCACAAUGGCCAUCCUCCAGUCGCCGCACAAGAAGUUGACGCUUAGCGGGAUCUGUGAGUUCAUUAUGACCAGGUUUCCAUAUUACCGUGAAAAGUUUCCAGCAUGGCAGAAUUCCAUCCGUCACAAUCUCAGCCUUAACGACUGCUUCAUUAAGAUCCCCCGCGAACCAGGUAAUCCGGGGAAAGGGAAUUAUUGGACGCUUGACCCUUUAGCGGAGGAUAUGUUUGACAAUGGCAGUUUCCUCCGCCGUCGGAAGCGAUACAAACGUCCGGCGCCGUCCCUCCAACACGCCCAUGCAGUAGUCGCUAUGCUGGCCCGGGAGGCCUACGCUCCUCUGCUGCCUCUGCCGUGUUAUUUGCCGCCGUCGCCUCUCUUAUCGAUGCCGCGUCCUCCGCCGGCGGCGCUGCGUCCCGUUCCUUUGCCGCCCCGAGUCCCGGAAACAACAGACACUAGAGGGAAGCGAUCAAGAAACGGUUUUUCUAUAGAAUCUAUCAUCGGUUCUCAGGAGAACCACGUCAGCGAGCCGCGACGUAGCGCUUUCUCGCCGCUUCACCUUGGUAACGGCCCGCCCGACGACUGGGCCAGAUGAAUGUUUUUGAACGGGUGCGUCUCUAAUUCCCAUUCAUUUUAGAACGUCCCCAUGGACCUGGCUCUGGAUGCUGUAGUCAAUGUUAUGGAAUUGUGUGUGUCCGGUACGGUAUAUAAAGAAAUGUGUAUAGUCUGGUGACAUUGUAAAAACAAAUGUACAUUACAGCGACGGGUCACCGUCUCGUUAAGUGUCAUUAAUUCAUAAGUAAAAUUUUGCUUGCAUAUUUAAAGACCAAACCAGAUUGUGGCAGUAUCGCAUAUUUUUAUAAGUAACGUAUCUCGGUGUGAUUAUUGCAAAAAGACAUCUACAGCAUGUUUAUAAUAUAGUCUAUGGUUAAUAUUUUGAAUUUCGUCCGUAAUAUAAAUGUAAGGUAGAAAUUGUACCAGGUUUUUCAUAAUCGCGACCAUUUGGCGUUUGAUGAAAAAUGAUUUUUGACUGCAAAAUAUAAUCGUUUAUGAACUUUGACGGAAUAUUUGCUGUAAAUAUUAAGCUGGACUAUUUAUUUAAUGUUUUUUUUUUUUUUUAAUUUAAAAAAUUAUAAAAUAUUUUUCAUGUAAUUAAAAUUUUUGUAUUAUUUAAAUAAAAUAAAGUUGCGAUAAAUAAUGUCUAUGUAUAAAUUAUUAAGUCUAGUCAUUUGUACAAAGUAGGUAAAAAGAAUAGUUUUGUAAAUAUAUUGUAAUAUUUCGUUACUAGUUAGCUAAUAAGUAGAUAACUUACACUUUUUAAAAUAUUUUGCCCAACCGACGCUGCGUUAU